AUGGCUUUCGACGCCUCCAGGUCUCCAACUGACAUCCUCUCCGUCUCCCUCACUACAAAUACCCUGAACAUCGUCUUCCCAGUGUGCCUGCUGCUCGCCUUUCUACUGCUGCACUGGCGCCGGAAGAGCAGCCCGACACUGCCGGAUCUGCCGUGGGUUGCGCGCAACGAUAGAGCAUGGGUCCUGCGCGAUCUGAGGACGAGGCUGUGGUGCUCCAUCAAUUACGAAGAGGCCUUGAGGAGGGCAUAUGAUCAGUAUGCUCGCCACAACAAGCCGUGCAUCCUCGCCACUCUCGAUGGCGAGGUCGUUCUGCUCCCGCCGUCCAACACAUCCUGGCUGAUCGCCCAGCCUGACAACGUCCUCAGUGUCAAUGGCGCCCACAAGCAUAUCCUACAGACCCGAUAUACUUUCCCCAAGCCCGAGAUUAUGGAUCCAACUGUUCACUUCGACGUCAUCAAGUCCGAGUUGACUAGGCAGGUCUUCAAUGUCACGCCCGAAGUGUGCGACGAACUAGCCGCAGCAGUAGAUCAAAUCUGGGGCAGCGAAGCUGAUUCCGACUUUGAAUACUACUCUGACGCCGACGGGUGGAAGACCGUGGUGCUCUUCGACAGUCUCACCAAGAUCAUUGCCCGAAUUUCCAAUAGAGUCUUUGUCGGGCUUCCACUAUGUCGUGACGAGGAAUACCUCAAGAAUGCAAUCGGUUUUGCAGAAGAUAUUGCCUUUUCUGCAACCAUACUGCGACUCUUCCCUGGCAUACUCCGACCUCUUGUCUCUCGGAUAGUGACAUGCUCUAAUCGCAAGCAUACCCGCGCAUAUACUGAAAUCCUCACGCCCGAGAUUCUCCGGCGUCAGGGCCUCCAGGACGAGACCACCAGCGACUCCGAGGCAGAACACAAGGACAGCGAGACGGAGCGGCCGGGCGACACAGCAAAGAACGACUUUCUCCAAUGGCUGUUGACCCGAUCGCUCACCAAAUCGUAUCUGUCGCCGGACGAGGCAGACCCGCAGAUCAUCUGUGCGCGCCUUUUGCACGUGAACUUCGCGUCCGUCCACACGACCAGUUUCAUCGGCACCAAUGCCUUGCUGGAUAUCCUUGCCGCACCGCGCAACGAGCGUGUCCUGGAAACGCUGCGGCAGGAGGCCUUGGACAACAUGGAGCCAGAUGCCGGAUCGGGACCGGCUUCGAGGAUGUGGUCGCGCACGGCUAUCGCCAAAAUGCACUACCUCGACUCUGCUCUUCGAGAAACUUCACGACGCGCGAGUAUCAUAGGUGUGGGAGUGAACCAAAAGGUCGUUGCUCCGGGGGGCAUCACGACGCCCGAUGGGAUACAUGUACCCGAAGGAUGUAUGGUCGCCACGCACAGUUGGGGGUGCCAUAAUGACGAGACCCUUUAUGAGGAAGCCGACAAAUACAAGGCUUUCCGGUUCGUCGAAUUGAGAGACAGAAUCUCCAGUGGACUCGGGGAUGGUGAUAGAGAUAGAGCAGAUCGGGAGAAGGAGUACCUGGACAAAGCCCACCUCUCCUUCAUCGCCACCUCUCCCUCAUACCUUGGGUUCGGACACGGUCGGCACGCUUGUCCUGGAAGAUUCUUUGCCGCGCAGGAACUGAAGCUGUUGCUCGCGUAUCUGCUCUCGCGGUACGAGAUCCAGAUGGUCAUGGAAGGGGGCCUUGGUGGGAACUGGAAUGGGAAGGGAAUUAGACCUGAAUGUUACUGGGCGGGACCGAACCACGUCCCGCCGAUGAGCGCCAAGGUGAGAGUGAGGAGACGGAAGGAAUUCCAAUAG